GAAACUAGCCAAUGAAAAUGUGAGUUUCAAUUUGAAAUUGAAGCGUUAACGGCCAUAUCCGUCAAAGCGAAGAAAUUGUAACCGAAUUACGUGUAGUUUGUUGUCAGCUAACAAUUAUUAGUUCGUAUUGUUGGAAUUCUGUUUUAUAAGAUCUCAGUAAUACUUGAGGUUCAUGAUGUCUAAAAUUCCCAAGCCUGCGAGCAGUAUAAAACCCCCAGUAGCAGUCCAGAAUUUCGCUGCAAGAAACUACCUUCGUCGACGAUCCAAAUCUGUGUCAGAUCUCCGCCCCUUUAGAUCAAAGCCUCUCUCCACCAAUCUUACAACCGGACCAAAUAAACCAGCUGGUCCAAGUAAAGAGAAUACAGCUCCCUUAAGAUCAGCAGGAGCUAAAAGGCCAGCAAUACAGAAGCAGGAGCCAGAAAAGAAACCAAAAGUUCCGAAAAUAGCCAAGAUUCCUGACUGGGACUACAAAUCCCGGUUUCAAGAAAUUCAAAAGAAACACACGGCUUUAGUGGAAAACUUUAAAGAAAUAAAGGCAAAAACAGCGAAUUUUGAUCAACUGGACGGUGAGGUACAGGAACUACGACAAGUGAACGAAACACAGAAGGGCAAAUUACAAAGUUUAGAAGAGCAGGAGAAGAAGUGGAGACAAGAAAACAAUGAUUUAAACACUCAAUUAACGAAAACAAGAGAAGAUUACAGCGAGUUGCAAAAACGAACCGAAGCUUUACAAGAAAAUUUAGAAUCACUUGAGAAGGAAAAAAAGCUUUGGAAAUCCGAAAAAGAAAAUAUUCUGUCGGAAAAUACCAAAUUAACACACGAAUUAAGUGUAACGAGAACGGAUUACGCUAACUUGAAACUUGAACACGAGUCUUUGGAAAAACAAUGUACUGAGAAUAUAGAGCGUCUUCAACAGAUACAACAGAUCCUCCAAAAAACUGAAACUCAAGUAAAAGAGUUACAACAAAAAAUUGAGGAUUUAGAAACGAACAAUUGGCACUUGAAACACGAUCUUGAGGAUCAAUAUGACCUCAGAAGACAGUUACACAACACCAUUCAGGACCUGAAAGGAAAUAUUCGCGUUUUUUGCAGAGUCCGACCACCAAUCAACAACGAACUGGAUGACAAAGAAUUAUGUGCAAUUUCCUUCCCCAACGAAACCAGUCUAGAUAUACGAAAGUCGCGUGAAAGUGUCUGUGCAAUAAGUGGAAGAGUUGGGGACGUUAAACAGGAAUUUUCCUUUGAUAAAGUUUUUUCACCUGAAGCAAGCCAGGUGGAAAUUUUUGAGGAACUUGCACAAUUGGUUCAGUCGGCUUUGGACGGAUAUCAUGUGUGUGUUUUUGCUUAUGGACAGACUGGGUCAGGAAAAACACACACGAUGCAAGGAACACCAAAUGAUCGUGGCAUGAUCCCUCGGACGAUAGACUUGAUCUUCGAAAAAAUCGAGAAACUGAAAAUUACUGAAUGGAGUUACACUGUGACAGCCAGCUUCUUGGAAAUCUACAACGAAAACAUCAGAGACUUGCUGGAACCUAACAGUAACUACGACUACGAAUUGCGUUACAACGAGGGUCGAGGUGUAACCGUAACCAACUUAAAAAGUGUUCCAAUUGAUUCAGCUCGCAUGCUCAAAGCACUUAUGGAGGAAGCUAACAACAACAGAGCGGUUGCCACAACCGAUUUCAACAAACACAGUUCUCGAUCGCACGCAGUCACCAAAAUUCAUCUCGAAGGACACAAUAAUUUAAGUAGAGCGAGUUAUUCCGGAUCAAUCAAUCUCGUGGACUUGGCCGGCUCUGAAAGCGCCAAAACCUCGGCAGCCGAACGUUUAAACGAGACGAAACAUAUUAAUAAGAGUCUGUCUACUUUGGGAAAUGUAAUGCUGGCACUACAUAAUAAAGACUCCCAUGUGCCAUAUCGCAAUUCGAAACUUACUUUCCUAUUGCAAUCAUGUCUUGGCGGUAAUUCGAAGACUUUGAUGAUCGUGAAUAUUGCGCCGUUUGAGGACUGUUUUGGGGAAAGCAUCAGUUCGCUAAGAUUUGCAGCCAAAGUUAAGGAAAUCAAAACUUGUGCCAAAAAAAACAAGACUUAUGGUCAUCAGGCUUUAUUGCCAUCGAAUGGCUCCCAAAAGAAGUAAAAAUAGUGUUUUAAUUUGUGAAUAUGCGAAUUUUUUAGUGUUUUUGUUUUAAUCAUUUUAACAUGUAUGCGUUGACUUAGCUGUAUAUAUCAUUUUAUAAAAUAAAGUUAAUUAAGUCUGA